CUCUGGGUAACUGGACUCCGGCGGCCAAACCUUCGGAGGCCGGCGACGGAAGGAGGGCCCGCAGCAGAUCCUGGAUCCGGAAUCUCCCGGGCAGGAGCGGAAUCUGUCCCGAACCGGGUCUGUGAGGAACUCGCGAACUUGGAUUAGGAAAUCCCGGAGCCCGGAUCGACAAAUCCCGGAACCCGGAAUUAGGAUCGCCAAGUCCCGGAUCGCGGAGCACAGAGCGCGGAGUGGACUCGACGCGGAUCCCGGAGUCCGGAUUGCGGCACCGCGGGACGGGACGGAGCGAUGUCGGGCCGAGGCGCGGGCGGGUUCCCGCUGCCCCCGCUGAGCCCUGGCGGCGGCGCCGUGGCCGCGGCCCUGGGAGCGCCACCUCCCCCCGCGGGACCCGGCAUGCUGCCCGGACCGGCGCUCCGGGGACCGGGUCCGGCAGGAGGCGUGGGGGGCCCCGGGGCCGCCGCCUUCCGCCCCAUGGGCCCCGCGGGCCCCGCGGCGCAGUACCAGCGACCUGGCAUGUCACCAGGGAACCGGAUGCCCAUGGCUGGCUUGCAGGUGGGACCCCCUGCUGGCUCCCCAUUUGGUGCAGCAGCUCCGCUUCGACCUGGCAUGCCACCCACCAUGAUGGAUCCAUUCCGAAAACGCCUGCUUGUGCCCCAGGCGCAGCCUCCCAUGCCUGCCCAGCGCCGGGGGUUAAAGAGGAGGAAGAUGGCAGAUAAGGUUCUACCUCAGCGAAUCCGGGAGCUUGUUCCAGAGUCUCAGGCGUACAUGGAUCUCUUGGCUUUUGAGCGGAAGCUGGACCAGACCAUUGCUCGCAAGCGGAUGGAGAUCCAGGAGGCCAUCAAAAAGCCUCUGACACAAAAGCGAAAGCUUCGGAUCUACAUUUCCAAUACGUUCAGUCCCAGCAAGGCGGAAGGCGAUAGUGCAGGAACUGCAGGGACCCCUGGGGGAACCCCAGCAGGGGACAAGGUGGCUUCCUGGGAACUCCGAGUGGAAGGAAAACUGCUGGAUGAUCCUAGCAAACAGAAGAGGAAGUUUUCUUCAUUCUUUAAGAGCCUCGUCAUUGAGCUGGACAAGGAGCUGUACGGGCCUGACAAUCACCUGGUGGAGUGGCACCGGAUGCCCACCACCCAGGAGACAGAUGGCUUCCAGGUAAAACGGCCUGGAGACCUCAAUGUCAAGUGCACCCUCCUGCUCAUGCUGGAUCAUCAGCCUCCCCAGUAUAAAUUGGACCCCCGAUUGGCAAGGCUGCUGGGAGUGCACACGCAGACGAGGGCCGCCAUCAUGCAGGCCCUGUGGCUUUACAUCAAGCACAACCAGCUGCAGGAUGGGCACGAGCGGGAGUACAUCAACUGCAACCGUUACUUCCGCCAGAUCUUCAGUUGUGGCCGACUCCGUUUCUCCGAGAUUCCCAUGAAGCUGGCGGGGUUGCUGCAGCAUCCGGACCCCAUUGUCAUCAACCAUGUCAUUAGUGUGGACCCUAACGACCAGAAGAAGACAGCCUGUUACGACAUCGAUGUGGAGGUGGACGACCCACUGAAGGCCCAAAUGAGCAAUUUUCUGGCCUCUACCACCAAUCAGCAGGAGAUCGCCUCCCUUGAUGUCAAGAUCCAUGAGACCAUUGAGUCCAUCAACCAACUGAAGACCCAGAGAGAUUUCAUGCUCAGUUUUAGCACUGACCCCCAGGACUUCAUCCAGGAAUGGCUCCGUUCCCAGCGCCGAGACCUCAAGAUCAUCACUGAUGUGAUUGGAAGUCCUGAGGAGGAGAGACGAGCUGCUUUCUACCACCAGCCCUGGGCCCAGGAAGCAGUAGGCAGGCACAUCUUUGCCAAGGUGCAGCAGCGAAGGCAGGAACUGGAACAGGUGCUGGGAAUUCGCCUGACCUAACUGCUCAGGGAUCUUUCUUCCCAGCCCUGGAGCCUGGAGGGAGACCACCCUCUGGGUCCUUGCUGGGGCCGCAGACACGUAGGCUGGGGUGAGGAGUGUCUGCUGUCAUCCUCUACUCCCCAGCUUUAGUUUUAUAAAUGUAGUGAUAGGAUUCCUUGUUGCUUAGUCCCCAAAGCCUUAUACUUUUUGCAUUGGCUUUAAUUGGGUUCAGCAGAUGCCUCCUCUGCCCCCCUGCAGGCAGGCCCAAGUAGGACUGCUGGAGGCUGUGCUUUGACAUUGUAACAGACAUUUCCGAACCAAAGGCUGCUGGGUUUGCAUGUUUACAGACUCCCCCUGGGGCAAGGGUCAGAGCUGGCUCUGGGGAGCUGGGCUAGGAAGAGGAGGUGCAGCCCAGACUCUUCCUAGCCUUUCUAAACCAAAGUUCUUUGCCAUUCCUACAAGCCCAGCCUUGCUGCUGGUUUUUUCCUUUCCUUUGGGUAUUUGCACUAUUUUGGGAGCAAGUUUUCUAUGUGGGAGCCACUUUUUUGUACAGGGGUAAGUUGGGGGUUUUCAGGGAGCCCUGUUAGGUGCCUCCUUGUUUUCUUUCCUCAAUCUAUGCAAGCGGCUCUGGCCGCCAUCAUCUCCUGGGAUGUCAGAGGGCUGCCUCUCCAGUGGCUUGGGCUGGGGAGGGGACACUCCAGUUCUCUAGCAUGGCCUGAGGUAUUGGGUGUGCGCAUGUGGAGGCCAGGGUAAGGUGAAUGGGGAGGCUGGGAGGACUAGUGUUGCCCUUUGGAGCUUGGUGAGGAGGGUGGGUCUAGGGCUUGGUGAGUGCCACUUCUGGCAGGUUUGGAAAUUUCCAAAUAAAUCCUUUUGUCUAUUG